AUGUUGAUGUCCGUCACUCGAAUACAGAGAGACCGUGCAUUCAAAGUGGUAAGGAAUCCACCACACCGGUCUCAACUCUGCACUCAUCCUAGAAAUCUCACCAAAGGCACCCUUGAUCUCGACCUUCAUUUGUGCCCUGCAUACGCCGAAAUUCUCGAACGAGUCAAGAACGGCUACCAAUUCCUGGACCUUGGUUGCUGCUUCGCACAAGAAGUGCGAUUACUGGUCUCCGAUGGCGCCUUUUCACAAAACGUCUUCGGCGUAGACCUAGUCGAAGACUUCAUCAAUCUAGGCUACGACCUCUUCCUCGACAAGGAAAAGAUCAAUGCCAAAUUCCUCGUAUCCAACCUCUUCGACACCGACUCUAUCGUGUCAAAGGAGUUAACCGGUAAACUGGAUAUCAUCCACGCAAGCAACUUUUUCCACCUAUGGAGCUGGACCAAACAAAUCGAGGCCUCAAAGGCCGUCGUGAAGUUACUCGCCGAUAAGCCCGGCUCAUUGAUUAUCGGUAGCCAGGUUGGAUCGAAAAAGUCUCGGAUGACGACUAUGCCUGGUCUUAUUUUAACGCUGUUUACGCAGAGUGUCAGGACUUUUAAGUUGAUGCGGGGGGAGAUUUUGCGGGAUCUAGGGGUCGAUUUUGAGGUCAAGGCUUUUGAGACGGAAUUUUUGGAUAAAGAGGCUUUUAUGGGUGGCCGGAGGAGUUUGAGCUUUGAGGUUGGGUUUUACGGUGAGGAGUGUUUAGUUGAUACUUCGUAUUUGGGGUCCGGCUUUUUGAUGCGUUGA